AGGGAAACAACGGACAAAUUUAGAGGGUUAGUUGUCAAGGUAACGAUACGUGACGUCUCAGGUUUGUUUUACGGGACAUCAUGGAUGAUGAUGGGGAUGCUAUAUCCUCCCCUCCCCCACCUGCUCCAGCCCCAACUCCAUCUUCCCCAGUAGAAACUCCGCAGCCAGUUGAGAGAGCAGUUACUCCAGAACCUCCACGUGAGACAGAUCAGGCUCAAUCGAAGGUUGAGCAGCCAUCCAAGGAUGAGAGACCAGAAGGCACAAAGACACCACCUGGUGGAAGUCAAGAAAGGAUGCAUGAAAAACUACAUGGAACAGAGGAUUUACUGGCAAAAAGUGAAGCAAGGAAGAAGCUACCAGACAAAAAUCUUGAUUUUCAGGUGAGGGUUAGGAUUAUCGAGGGUCGUCAGCUUGCAGGAGCUAACAUCAGCCCUGUGGUCCGUGUGACAAUGGACAAUCAGUCACGGCAGACUAAAGUCAUCAAAUCAACCAACAAGCCAUUUUAUGACGAGGUGUUUUUCUUCAAUUUCAAUGUUACACCACACAAACUGUUUGAUGCUCAAGCCCUGUUUGAGGUUUUUAAUUCCAAGAAAUUAAGAGCAAAUGCAAUGGUGGGGAGUUUUCAGUGUGAUGUUGGAUUCUUCUAUGAUGAACCUUCUCAUUCUGUACUAAGGAAGUGGAUACUUUUAUCUGACCCAGAGGAUAAAAUGGCAGGAGCAAAAGGCUACUUGAAAGUUACAGUUAUGGUUCUUGGACCUGGUGAUGAAGCCCCAGUAGUGACGAUAACUGAGGAUCAAGAUGACCUUGAUGAUAUUGAAGAUAACUUGAUCCAACCUCCAGGCAUGAUGCUUAGACCUGCAGUUUUCUCCUUGAGAGUGUAUAGAGCUGAGGAUAUUCCACAGAUGGACUCUGCUGUAUGUGAGACAAUUAAAAAAUCCUUUGUUGGUGGGGAGAUGAAAGAGUUGGUUGACCCUUACAUGAUGUUCUCAUUUGCUGGCAAAGAAGCAAGAACGGAUGUACACAAAAACUGUGAUCACCCUGAAUUCAAACAAGAGCUACAUGUUCCAUUUCAGUUCCCUACAAUGGCAGAAAAAUUAAAGUUGCAGUUAUGGGACUGGGACAAAUUAAGUGGCGAUGACUGCAUUGGAACGUAUUACCUUCCCAUGUCUGAAAUAUCUGGACAAGGAGAGGAAGGUUACCUGCCAAGGUUUGGACCCUGCUUCAUAAACUUUUACGGCUCCACAAGAGAAUACUCAGAUCUUCCUGAUGAAUUUGAUGAUUUGAAUAUUGGCGUUGGUCAGGGUGUAGCAUACCGUGGCCGAGCUUUAGUUGAGCUGGAGACAAAGUUGGACACUCAACCUACCAAGAUGGUCGAAGAAGUACUAAAUGAUGACAUUAUACGAGUUCAGACUUAUCUACGUCGGCGUAAAUACAAGCUGUUUGCCUGCUUCCUGGAAGCCACACUGGUCGCUUGUACUGAUGGACCUGUUACUUUUGAAAUAAGCAUAGGUAACUAUGGAAACCAGCUGGACUUGUCAGUGCCGCCCUCGUCGUCUUCUACGUCACCAACAAACGCCAUAUUUGAUGGAAGCUACUAUUACUUCCUGCCAUGGAAUGAUAUUAAACCGUGUUGUAAUGUAGAUAGUCACUGGGAAGAUAUCGCCUUCAGACUGGAGCCACGAAAUAUUCUGACACGGAUAUGUGAACAACUUGAGUCAGACUUGGAAAAAGUUCAGCUGGCUGUUUCUGAGAAAGCAACUCUAACAACCGUUGCUGUUCUUACAAUUAAAAUGCUGGAUACAUUGAUAGAGAGCUGCAGAAAACCGCUUCCGCAGUUGGCAGCCAAAACACCCGGAAUCAACGAUCUUGAUCUGAAGAGAAGAGACACACGAGAAAGUGAAUUGAAAUGUAUCAUCGAAGAGGCCUCAAAACUUCGUACAAGUGCGACUGACGUAGAUGAAACGAUUGGAGUCGUGGAGGAUUUUUUAAAGAAGCUUCAUUUCCUUGCAGUAGAGCCGCAGAAUAGUAUGCCAGAUGUGGUGAUUUGGAUGAUGAGUGGAGAGAAGAGAAUAGCUUAUCAUCGUAUCCCUGCCUAUGAUCUUCUGUACUCAACACAUGUAGGGGCUCGUGGAAAAUACUGCGGAAAGACACUGGAUUUAUUUAUGCAGUACCCCGGAAAGAAACAGUUUAACCUAGAGGACUACCCAGAAGUUCCCGCUCAAGUCCGCGUCAUGCUGUGGCUUGGACUUGAGAAAGACCAAGAGGCCUGGACUAACCGCCAAGAGACUGAGGGCGACUUUUGCGUAUUCGCGGAAACGUACGAGAACCAAAUGAGUGUGCUUGGUAACUGGACUGCUAAAGGACUCCCACGGCCUGCCUGGUCAAAUGCUGGUGGAACGCUGAAGCUGUUAAAGGACUCGUUUAUUCCUCCUGAUGGCUGGAGUUUUGAUGGAAAGUGGUUUGUUAAUCCAGAGCUAAGCUUAGCGUAUGAAAAGGACUCAGGCUGUAAAAGUUUUAUGGAGGACGUGUUUGAAAACGAAGAACGUUUUCCUGGGGGACACUGGUCGCCAGCAUCAGUAAAUUGGACAGACAUUCACGAAAAUGCUGCCACUGCUAAGGACUCAAUAGUUGCCCCUGAAGGCUGGGAGUGGACUUCAGAAUGGAACGUGGACACCAACAGGGCGGUGGAUGAGGACGGCUGGGAGUACACUGUAGACAUAAGUAUAGGAAGUUAUGUGGCAGUGGAGAAAACGUAUCAUAUGUCGAGGAGAAGGAGAUGGGUUCGCAGCAGAAGCUUGAUGAAAUCUACCCACAAAGAGGAAAAGGGCCAGGAAAAGGUCGACACAGAGGGGUGGGAAUAUGCUGCAGUGUUUUCAUCAAAGUUUCACAGCAAAUGCCGCACUCGAGAUUUGGUUCGGCGUCGAAGAUGGCAUCGAAAAAUGGUUCAAACAGAUCCGACAGCGCCAGCUGUGUUUCAAAUUUCUGACGAGGGUAGAAAGGGAAUAAUGAUGGUGCCCCGGAUGUUCAUCACAUUUGAAAAACCUCACAAGUAUCAGCUGAGAGUGUACCUAUUUCAAGGGCGGGACCUCCUGCCUGCAGACCCUGAUGGACUGUCUGAUCCCUAUGUCCGCAUUUCUUUUGGUACUCAGAGUCAGGUAUCAGAGAUCAUUCACCGCACAUUGUGCCCCACUUGGGACCAGACUCUCAUCUUUGAAAAUGUCCACAUCUACGGUAGUCCUGAAAUCACUGAGGCAUCACCUCCACGUGUCGUCUUGGAACUCUUUGAUCAAGACCCUGUGGGUAGAGAUGAGUUUAUGGGUCGCUGUGUGGAGUCACCUGUUGUUAAAUUAAAUGGCCAGGCACCGCCAGCUCCAAGACUUCUUUGGGAACCAGUGAAAAAAGGCACGGAAGAUGGCGGGGAAAUUUUGGUUGCGUUCGAGCUUUUCCUGGACGAGGGAGCUGACUUACCUUACUUUCCACCCACCAAAGAACACAAACCGUCAUUGUACAUGGUACCCAGUGGAAUCAGACCCGCGGUUCAGCGCACAGCUAUUGAGGUCUUAUGCUGGGGCGUUCGAAACAUGAAGAAGUUUCAACUGGCCAAUGUCUCCUCGCCAAGCAUCGAGUUCGAAUGCGGAGGUCACGUGAUUCAAUCGUCGACUAUUAAGAACACUCAGAAAAAUCCCAACUUUGACGAACCGCUGUUCUUUUUUGACACGUACCUUCCUAAAGAGGAACUCUACACUCCACCCAUGAAUAUCAAAGUGCGGGAUAACCGCUCAUUUGGCCGCCGACCCGUUGUCGGUGUUUACUGCAUCAAGUCACUGCAGCCUUACAGGUGCUUGCCUCUGGACGGCAAUGAUUUGGGUGACGAUGAAGCCGAUGCAGCCAAAGAUGAAGAGUCUGGUUCUUACUUACUUGACAUCGCUGAAGAGACGGACAAAACGGAAUUGGUUGAGGAGGACAUUGACUGGUGGUCGAAGUAUUACGCCUCACUGAGCGAUUAUGAUAAAUGUGGAGAUUACAUAGAGCGUGGCUACGACAAGAUAAUUGUGUAUGAGCAAGAGCUUGAAAAAGUGGACGUUUUUGAAAAGUUCCAAGACAUGGUUAAGACGUUUGAACUUCAUCGUGGAAAAGCCAAACCUGGAGAGGACGCCACUGUAGUUGGCGAAUUUAAGGGAGCAUUUCAUGUGUACCCGUUACCAGGCAACCCAAAUCUCCCAUUGCCGCCUCGUAUCCUGAGAAACUUGCCUCCCAGCGAACCGGUUGAGUGUCUGGUCAGAGUUUAUGUCAUAAAGGCUAUUGACCUUCAACCCAUGGAUCCUAAUGGCCUGGCUGAUCCGUAUCUAGUCGUAUCUCUCGGGAAAACUAAGAUAAAGGAUCAAGACAAGUAUAUUCCUAACACGCUGAACCCUGUCUUUGGAAAGAUGUUUGAGGUUACGGCCCACAUCCCAAUAUCUAAAGACCUGUGUGUCACAGUGAUGGAUUAUGAUCUGAUUGGUAAAGAUGACAAGAUUGGAGAGACAGUUGUAGAUCUGGAAAAUCGGUUUCUGUCAAAGUUUGGAGCCAUGUGUGGCCUGCCUCAAACCUACUGCACUUCCGGUAUUAACAAAUGGCGUGACGCUCGCACACCAAGGCAGAUUUUGGACAAGUACUGCGAGACAAACAACUUCCAUAAACCGAAAUUUAUGGGUAACAACAAAGUAAUAUUCCACGGAGAUGCGUACUGGCUGGAAGAUUUUGAGAUUGGAAUGACAAUAUCUCCUCACAUGGGUCCCCCUGAUCAACGCCUUGCCUUGCACUUGCUGAACGGUUUACCACUGGUGCCAGAGCACGUGGAAACGCGACCGCUGUACAACACCUUGCAGCCUGGUGUAGAACAGGGAAAACUUCAGAUGUGGGUGGACAUUUUCCCUAAAAAUUAUGGACCGCCAGGGUUACCGUUUAACAUCUCACCCCGAGAGCCUGGAGAGUACAUGUUACGUGUCAUCAUAUGGAACACGAGUGACGUCAUUCUUGAGGAAGUGUCUGCUUUGGGUGAAGCGAUGAGCGACAUUUACGUGAAAGGAUGGAUAUCGGGGAUUGAUAAACAAGAAAAGACAGAUGUUCACUACAGGUCUCUGGACGGUACAGGCAACUUUAACUGGCGAUUUCUGUUCCCGUUCUUGUAUAUUCCGGCCGAAAAAGUUAUGGUUGUAAGAAAAAAGGCACACUUCUGGAGCCUUGAUAUAAGAGAGCAGAGGAUUCCCCCUAAACUGAUUCUUCAGAUCUGGGAUAACGACCUUUUCUCUCCGGACGAUUUCCUCGGUACGUUAGAAUUGAACUUAAACAAAAUGCCAAAACCUGCCAAAAAUGCCCGCAAGUGCAGCUUAGAUCAGCUUCCAGGAUUGAAAGACAAACCGCGACGAAACAUAGAGACAGUGUCACUGUUUGAUUUGAAGCGAACAAAUGGAUGGUGGCCUGCAGUCGGAACGGCGGAUGGAGAGCAAAUCUUGGCGGGUAAAAUAGAGAUGACUUUAGAACUGUUGACACAACAAGAAGCUGAGGAGAAGCCCGCUGGAACAGGACGAGAUGAGCCGAACCAAAACCCAACACUGGAUCCACCAAAUCGUCCUGCCACAUCCUUUGCCUGGUUCUCGUCUCCAUUCAAAAGCCUGCGUUACAUUUUGUGGCGCCGUUACAAAUGGAAGAUCAUCACAUUCUUGGUGAUCUGUCUCCUAUUAGCUAUGGUAGUCCUGUUUUUUUAUGCAAUGCCGGGUUAUACUAUGAAGAAGAUAAUCGGUGUUUGAAGACAACCAAUCUCAGCAUUUUACCACAGUAUUAUCAGCGGGGAGACCACAAUUAACAGGGAUAGUUGUACGUGAAAUCGACAUGAGGCUGGAGACUUUAAGGGAGCGUUUCUCUCCGAAUUUCAACAAUGACCCAAGAACGGUUUAGCAACCUAUCGCUACCAG